CGCUGCUCGAAAAUUGUUUCACAACUACUUUCCUGUGCCCUCAACCGCAGGCCCCGUUGAGAUUCACCAACUGAGUCGAACAGCCGUCGCGAUCUCUUAAACAAAGCACACAACACGACUACCUUCUUGUCUCUACAGAGUUCCAAUCGGCACAACAAUGGCACCCGUUACACGACGAAAGAAUCGAGCUGCGAAGGGUAGGCAGUCUUGUAUCACUGAAGGAUUUGCUGUUGAUUGUAUCGUUAGCGGACGACACCGCAGAACCACACGGCGAGGAAGCGCCCGCAUCACGAAAAAGGGCACGCGCAGCGCCAAAGGUCGCGAAGCCAAGGAAGAAACCGCGUACACAAGAAGAGAGCUCCAGCGAGGAUGAAGGCAGAGAAAGUAGCAGAAACUUUCUCGCCAACUCAAAGAAAGCCCAAAGCGCUAUGGACGCGAAGUUGGCGGCCCGCAACGAGGCAGAGGAAUUGUGCAACCUCGUCGAGGAACAGCUGACUUUUGGACCACCCGAUAAAUGCGUUCCCGCGAUCGAAGACCUGCCUCCAGAGAUUUCGGCGGUCAUUAGUCGUCCAGGUGGCUGUCCUCCCAAAGGAGCGCAGCACAAUGAGACGUUUAUCAAGGCCCGCAAAUGCUUGCAGACCUGCGCUGAAAUAGCGAGGCAAUAUCAGGAAUUCAAUAGACGGCCUACUGGGAUCAAGAAACCCAACUUGGAGUCUUGGAAUCAGGACGUCAAGGACUUGAGGGCACUGAACCAUCGCGCUAUGACCAUGUCAAUUCAGGCGUUGAAUGGCAUCGUCAUGGCAAGAGCCCAGAGGGACGCCGGACGAACAAGAGACGAAAUCGAUGCGAUUGCAUCGGAGCUACUCGAAGGGGCUAUCCCAAAGGACAUUGAAGAUACAUGGGGUACGAUGGCACGGAAGGUUGUGAAGUUGCUUGGUAGUGCGGCCGAGCUGCUGCCGAUGGAGGUUGAGUAGUGGGAUGUACACAAAUGGUGGUGAGGUGGUAAGGUCUGAGCUUUGAAAUGCUUGAGCUUCGUUUUGGAAUCGAGGGCAAACAUGGCACAACUUAGGCCCAUGCAUAUGAGUGUGGAAUCCUCGAAAUACGACUUGCUGUUGCAUCC